UGCAACAUACUACAGGCCUGCUGACCAACAUUGAUAUAGAAGAUAACUAAUGAGACUGCGCUUGUUUAUGUUUCCUCACUGCUGUAACAACCUUCUGCUUCAUCCUGGGACAGGAAAUAAUCAGUGAGUAAACAUGAGAAGAGGAGAAAUCAUCAUUCUUUUUAUGUCUUUACUAUUUGACUCUGCAUUGACUCAAAACAACUGUGAAAAGGAGGGAUCCUGUGAGAACCAACUUGUUUUGGGUGCAGAUAUAACAGAAAUUCCACGCGAUCUGAGAGCAGAUGUGACAGAGGUUUUCUUUGUGGAAAGCAACAUCAAAACAAUCCCCAAAGAUGCCUUUGUUGGAAACUCCCAGCUAGAGAAGGUGGAAUUCAUUAACACUAAAACAGAAUUUAUUGAACCAGGUGCCUUUGAAGGUCUGGUAAACGUCAAGCAUAUUGAGAUCUCCAGCAAUCCAUUAACUUCAAUACCAGUGGGGGUCUUUAAAGACCUCAGCAACCUGGAGAGACUUAUACUAAAGCUCAACAACCUCCGUAAUCUUGAAAAUGGCAUGUUUGAGGACCUUAAAAAUUUAAGUGAGCUCCAGUUACAUGGGAACCAGAUUGACUCAAUUGAAGAUGGGACUUUUGAUGGUCUUGAGAAUCUUGAACUCCUCCAUUUAGCUAAAAACAAUCUCUCAGCUGUAUCCGUUGACUGGUUCUCAAACCUAAACAAACUGGCAAUACUACGGCUUUACGAAAAUCAACUGUCCUCCAUUCCAGAGGACAUUUUUCAGAAUUUGCCAAACUUGAAGGAAAUUGCCUUGAAUACGAACAAAAUAACAGAAUUAUCACCAAAUCAAUUCCCACAUAAAGACAAACUGACUAAGCUGCUUUUGGACAAUAACCUUCUGACUGGUUUACCUCCAGAAUUUUUUGUUGGCUUCCCACAGCUUAAAUCGCUGACCCUACAUAGGAAUGAACUGAGUAGUCUACCACCAGUGCUUUUUGGAGAAAUGCCUAAAUUGACUGACCUUAGCCUUAGUCAAAACAGUCUUAGCAUUCUUCCUGAGGGAAUAUUCAGCCCUCUGAAGAAACUGAAGAAGCUAGAUCUGUCUAAAAAUCACUUUGUCACUUUGUCUGCCGAGCACUUUGAGGGCCCUGAGAAGCUCCUAGUGCUGAAUCUCCUGAACAACACGAUAAAGUCACUGGAUGGAGAUGUGUUUGAAAAGCUACAAUCACUGACGACACUAGAUCUACGUCACAACAACCUCCAGACACUUCCUGGAGAUAUUUUUGAGCCAUUAGGGAAACUCAGAAAGCUUUACCUCAGUGACAACCCUUGGCGCUGUGACUGUAAUCUGAUAGAUUUUUACCACUGGAUAAAGGCAAACUCACCCAAGAUUGAAUUAAAAUAUCCUGUGGUUUGUGAGUAUCCAGAUGAUCUAAAAGGACAGGAAAUCAAAUCAUUAACAGAGGAUCAAUUUAUUUGCCCCACCACAACUCCCACAACCACCACAACACUCCCAACUACAGAACCAACAACCACCAUCCUUACUACUACAAAACCUCCUCCUACAACACCAACUACCACUUUGCCAACCACCACUACACCUCCCACAACCACCACACCCACCACUACAUCUUUCACAAUCACCACACCCACCACCACACUUCCCACAACCACCACAUCCACCACUACACUUCCCACAACCACCACAUCCACCACUACACUCCCAACAACAGAAUCAACACCAACAACCAUUACUCUGACAACAACCACACCCACAACAGCUGUAGCCACUACACUCACAACCAUUUUAACAACGUCACCUACCACCUCUGUGAGAACAACUGCACAAACAACCACUACAACAACGGCUACAACCACAACAAUUAGAACAACUACACCCACAACUGCUAUGACAACAAUCCCACCCACAACCACGAUACCAACAAGUACACCCACAACCACCAUCCUCAGGACUACCCAACCAACCACCACCUGCAGAACGACACCCACUCCACUGACCACUCCGGUGAUCUUCAAUUGCCCCAUGGAGCCAGCCACUAAGGAGCUAUCAAAUUCUUUUACAUAUCAGGACAGACCAAAACUUCAGCAGUGCAAAUCUCAGGCGAUGUUCUACAUCACACUGCUGGUGGUGGAGAUCACCUGCACACUGGUGCUGGCGAAGUUCACCCUUUCUCUUUACUACCUGCUGCAGCAACGGGAGAGGAUGUACAACAGGGUCAAACUCACCCGCUUCUCCUACAGGAGAGAUGUAAUCCUUAGGCCUCUACGAGAGACAGAGACCCAAAGACUUUAA